AUGUCUCGUGCAGAACUCGAAAAUAUUAAGGCCAGCUGUUUUCCCCAUUUUACACAACAAGAAGAACAAAAUGACCAAAACGAGCAAGUUGACCAGAACGAACAAGUGACAAGAAGAUCAUCCACCAGAAUUCGACGAAGUGGUUUAUUCAUCAGAAGUGAUGAAAAUAACGCCAUCGAAGAACAAUUUCUUACCAACCUCUUGAAGUAUUCGUGCAUCGCACCCGGGAAGAGACCUAAAAUUCCCCGACUACAGCACUCAAAACAUGUUCGUGACACCGUCAAAACUAUGAAUCUGGUACUCUCAACACAUUUGGACAAUGUUGAGAGUUUGACAAAAAUGGUCGAUGUUGUGUAUGCGGCAGCAGUUACUGUAUGUGAGAACCAUGGAGAAAAUCCUAAAGAACCACAUAAAUACCAUCGGCCUACGGAACCUCCAUGGAAGGUCCGCCUGGAAAGUAGAAUAGUCUUCAUGAGGAAAAAAAUAGGUGUUAUGCAUACAUACCUUAGUUCACCUAGUCCAUCUAACAAAACCAUAAAGGCGGUCAGGAAACUGGCUUCAGAAUACCGCGUGAAGCGAAGGGAUCCUGAGUUUAAGGACAAAAUUAAUAUCAUUUGUGACAGCCUGAAACAAAAAAUAAAAGCGUUAGGUAACCGUAUACGACGUUAUAACGAAAGAACUAAGAGAUACAAAAACAACAGGCUCUUUUUUCAUAACCCGAAACAAUUCUUUCGAAAUCUUGAAGAGAGCGAAGUGAUGGACAACAACCACCUCAACCAUCAGGAGGCGCACAAAUUCUGGAGUGAUGUGUGGUCUGGAAGCGUGGCUCAUGACAAUGGAGCCUACUGGAUUGAUGAAGCUCAAUCGCAAAUACCAAAAACUCAGAUGGAUAGCUUAGUCGUAACUGAGUCAGACAUAGUUGAAGCCCUGAAGCGGUCUAACAACUGGGCAUCACCAGGAGCGGAUGGAUUGCAUAAUUACUGGUGGAAACAGUUUACGUGUGUUCAUAAAAAGCUAGCAUUCAUGUUCCAGGAAGCACUAUCCGACCCCUCGAGAGUGCCAGACUCUUUCACUUUGGGAAUAACACAUCUCAUACCAAAGAAAGGAGAUCUGAAGGACCCAAGAAAUUACCGACCAAUUACCUGCCUCCCAUCGGUGUAUAAAAUCUUCACAGCAGUACUCACUAGGCACAUCUGUAAACAUCUGAAAGAAAAUAACCUAAUUGCUGAAGAACAAAACGGGUGUCGUUCCAAAACCAAAGGGUGCAAGGAGCUUCUGGUGGUGGACUAUAUAAUAACCAAACAAGCCAGAAAGAAACUGAGGAACAUAUCUGUGGCAUGGAUCGAUUCGAUUCGGUUCCCCACACCUGGCUGA